AAAAAAAGCCCCGACGGACCCGCUCCCUUCAACUAACCCAUCGCUGCCGCCGAGCGCCUUCGACUGCGGCACCUCCAGCGAGAGGGGGGAACCCGAGGAGAUGAGGCUGGUCGGCCUGACGGGCGGGAUCGCGUCCGGGAAGAGCACUGUCUCCAACCUAUUCAAGGACGCCGGCGUCCCCGUCGUCGAUGCAGACAUCGUUGCUCGGGAUGUAGUGCAGAAAGGCACUGGAGGUUUGGAAGAAGAUUGUAAAAAGCCUUCGGGAAUGAUAUUUUGUUGGAGGGUGGAGAAAUUAACAGAGCUUACUUAGGACAAAUUGUCUUUUCUGACCCAUCAAAACGUCAACUUCUGAACCGUCUUCUGGCGCCACAUAUUUCUUGGGGCAUAAUGUGGGAGAUGGCAAAACUAUGGAUGAAAGGAUACAAGGUUAUCAUCCUGGACAUCCCGCUGUUGUUUGAGACCAAGAUAGAUCGAUGGACAAAUCCAGUAACUGUGGUCUGGGUUAACCCAGAAACCCAGAUUCAGAGGUUGAUGUCAAGAGACGGGUGUUCUGAGGAACAAGCUCAGAACAGGGUCAACGCACAACUUGCGUUGGACUGGAAGAGGUCGGAAGCCGACAUAGUGAUCAACAACUCUGGAUCACUGGAUGACACCAGACUGCAGUUCCAGGAUGUCUUGAGGAAAGUUUCUGAGCCAUUAACAUGGAAGGAACGCUUGAGAUCCCGAGAUGGCCUGAUCUCCGUUGUCGUGUGUACGGCAGUGGGCGUAUUGCUUGCUCGGAAGAAUCUACUAUGAUUCUGAUAAGGUUCAGGAAGCUAAGAACAGUGAUAUGUCGUUUUAGAGUAGAGGACGUACACAAUUAAGCUUGUCUGGUGCCUGUGCCUGACAAGGAAAUUGAACGGCUGUAUGUGGAGCUUUGAUUGAUGAAAUAAUUUUUUUGUUUGA